UAGACCGCUCCGAAGGGGGCCGGGCUGAGGACGGUUCCCGGAAACAGGCGGAGCAUCUCGGCCGUCUCCAGUUUCCCCUCCCGCGGGACCCACCGGAGGGGGUCCCCGGGGUGGCGGGGAUGGAGGAGGCUCAGCGGCUGCUGCUGCAGAGGAGCCGCCUGCGCCUGGUGCAAGAGCUGCAGGUGGCUCCGCUCUGGGACCUGCUGCUGCACAAAGGAGUCUUCACCCAGGACAUGAUCGAGGAGAUCCAGAGAGCAGGCACUCGAAGAGACCAAGCGAGGCAGUUGGUUACAGACCUUCAGACGCGAGGGAGACAAGCUUUUCCUGCAUUUGUCUCAAGCCUGCAAGAAACUGGACAGGAUGACCUUGCUGCUUUGCUGAGUGAAGGAUACAAAUUCCCACAGUUGUGUCCAGUUGAUAUAAAACCAAUUAAAAUGGGCUUACGUGGUGGAAAGGGUGAUACAUAUGUGAAGGAUCCUGAAUAUUUGCCUGCCCCAGUCCGAACUGUGACUGAAAGAUGCCAAGAGCCGGGGCGUCCCAGUGUAGCGUCUCAAGGUUGUGCUGAAGACAGAUCCAGGAAGAACUCAGAUAUGGUUUAUGUUCUGAAAGCUGACCCGUGUGGCUACUGCCUCAUCAUCAACAACGUCAAUUUCAUUGAAACGUCUGACCUGUCUUCUCGAGAGGGCUCCAACGUAGACUGUGAGAAACUGGAGAAGCGCUUCAAGUCACUGCACUUUGAUGUCCUCAUCCGACAAGAUCUCAAAGCUCAGGAAAUUGCCUCGGAGUUGCAGCGCCUGGCUAGGCAGGACCACAGCGCUCUGGACUGCUGCCUGGUGGUGAUCCUUUCCCAUGGGUGCCAGACCAGCCACAUUCAGUUUCCUGGCGGCAUUUACGGCACAGACGGAAAGCGCAUUCCAGUUGAAAAGAUUGUGAACUACUUCGAUGGGUCCCACUGCCCAAGCUUGAGAGGAAAACCCAAACUCUUCUUUAUUCAAGCCUGUGGCGGAGAGCAAAAAGACCGAGGAUUUGAGGUGGAUUCUGAUUCACCCGUAAACCAACUUCAUGGAGAUUCUUUAGCGUCGGAUGCACGUCCCUUUCAGAUGCAGCCCAGUAACUUGGAUGAGCCGGAUGCAGUAGCCAGCUUACCCACUCCCAGUGACAUCUUGGUAUCCUACUCAACUUUUCCAGGUUUUGUCUCCUGGCGGGAUACGCACAGCGGCUCGUGGUACAUCGAAACACUGGACAGCGUCCUUGAGCAAUAUGCCCAUAGUGAAGACCUGCUAAACAUGCUACUCAGGGUGGCUCGUAAUGUGUCUGCUAAAGGACGGUACAAGCAGAUGCCGGGCUGCUUUAACUUCCUCCGUAAACAAUUCUUCUUCAUGACCGAAUGAAGUUGUGGCUGGGAGGUCUCUGCCUACACCCAGAGAGUCACCAAGAAGCCUGCAGAGAUUCUGCACCUGGCCAUGAUUGCUCUGAACCGAUGCUUCUGUUUGCGUGGAUUCGUUUCUCCUGGGAAGCUUAAUGUGAUUCCACUCUCAUUACGGUGAAAUCGACGUCUCAGCUGCUGCCCGAUCAGGCCAAGACUGGUCGUGUCCUCAUUUCAGACAGGUGACAGGACUGCAGGGAAAAGUCCUGCCCUCCACUAGUCCGGAGGGCCAUUCCAGUAGCCAUUUAUGGCCCCACUCUAGCUACGAUUACAGGAGGCGAGGGCAAAGUGUCGGCAGUUUGUAAUUGUGCUUGUGUUUAUUCUCUUUCAAUCAAAAGUGCACCUGAAUUGAAAGCCAGUAUUAGGGGGGAUAGUUUUGCAGCAUCUGUUGCCCUUUUGUAUUAAAGACCCCGCUCUUUAUA